GAUGGGGUAUUCUGGGGGGUUAUGGACAGUCUGCUAGGUCCUCCUGAGUGUCAGGACAACCUUUGAGAUCUUUGAGAACUUUGGAUGCCUGUUGUUUUAAAGCUUCCAUAGGUGCCUGUUGUCAUAUAAGGUGGCAAAGUGGUUUUUAUUUUGUUGAAGUUUGGAAGAACAUGCUGCAGACAUGUUUAACCCAUAUGUAUUAGAUAUUCCAGCUGUAAUUUUUGACAAUGGAUCAGGACUCUGCAAAGCAGGCCUGUCUGGAGAGAUUGGACCCCGUCAUGUCAUCAGUUCUGUCGUGGGACAUCCUAAAUUCAACAAGACAUUAUCAGAAGCCACUAAAAAAAAGUACCUUGUGGGAGAAAAAGCCCUAUAUAAAUAUGAGGCCUUGCAUUUGCACUACCCCAUUGAGCGUGGACUAGUAACAGGAUGGGAUGAUAUGGAAAAACUCUGGAAGUAUCUUUUUGAGUGGGAGCUAGGAGUAAAACCCUGUCAACAACCUGUGCUCAUGACUGAGCCCUCCUUGAACCCAAGGGAGACACGAGAGAAGAUGACAGAAGUGAUGUUUGAGACCUUCAAUGUGCCUGCUUUCUACCUGUCCAAUCAUGCAGUGGUAGCUCUAUAUGCCUCUGCUUCAGUCACAGGAUUAGUGGUGGACAGUGGAGAUGGUGUCACUUCCACUGUCCCUAUCUUUGAGGGUUAUUCCCUGCCUCAUGCUGUCACUAAGCUCUAUGUGGCAGGAAGGGACAUCACAGAGCACCUCACUCGGUUCCUCCUUGCUAGUGGAAGUAGUUUCCCUUGUAUACUCAAUAAAGCCUUAGUGGGUGACAUCAAAGAGAAGUUGUGCUAUGUGGCUUUGGAACCAGAGAAAGAGCUAUGUAAGAGGCCAGAAGAGGUUCUGAGAGAAUACAGACUGCCAGAUGGGAAUGUUAUCUACAUUGGAGACCAGCUACAUCAGGUGCCUGAAAUUCUUUUUGCACCUGACCAGCUGGGUAUCCACAACCCAGGACUAUCCAAAAUGGUGUCCAGCAGCAUCAUGAAGUGUGACACUGACAUCCAAAAGAAUCUUUUUGCAGAAAUUGUGCUGUCUGGGGGUACAACUCUUUUCCCUGGGCUUGAGGAAAGACUUAUGAAAGAACUGGAACAGCUGGCUUCCCUGGGAACUCCCAUAAAGAUCACAGCUUCUCCUGAUAGAUGUUUCUCUGCAUGGAUAGGUGCAUCCAUUGUGACCUCUCUGAGCAGUUUCAAGCAGAUGUGGAUCACUUCUGCAGAUUUCAUGGAAUUUGGGGCAUAUGUUGUUCAGAGAAGAUGCUUUUAAGGAAUCCAGAGCACAAGGGAUGGCUUAAAGUGUCAGAUCACUGCUUGAAGUGUCAGAUCUUGUGUAAGGAGACAUCUUCCCUUGGACUUUGACAUGG